UAGCUAGCACUCGCUAACGGUGUUCUCUGCAAAAGGGAAGACGGUAACUCAAGAAAAUCAACACCCGGAAUUGCUCAAAGGACUGUACCUCAAUAAAUUAUAACCGAUCGAGGAAGGAUUAAUUAAGCUGUAGACGUUACGACCGACGUUUAAUAUUUUUUUGUGUGUGUGUUGGGUGUCUGUCGUCUCAUGAUGGAAGAUAACGGUGCACAUUUCUUCGAGGGGACCGAGAAGUUGCUGGAGGUGUGGUUCUCUCGGCAGGAUGAGACCAAAGGAACCGGGGAUCUCCGCACCAUCCCAAGGUUUGAGUGGGACAAACUUCUGGAGAAUGUGCAUUGUUUGAUCAUAAGUGUGACAAAGACGGACAAGCAGGAAGCUUAUAUACUCAGUGAGAGUAGCAUGUUUGUCUCCAAGAGACGUUUCAUUUUGAAGACAUGUGGAACCACCCUCUUACUGCAAGCACUGGUGCCUCUGCUGGAACUUGCCAGGGAGUACUGCGGCUUCGAUACCAUCGAGAAUUUCUUCUACUCCCGCAAAAACUUUAUGAAGCCAACCCAUCAGGAGUUCCCUCAUCGAAACUUCCAGGAGGAAGUCGACUUUCUCAGCCAGAUUUUCCCAAAUGGUGCAGCCUACUGUAUGGGACGUUUGAACUCUGACUGCUGGUACCUGUUCACCCUGGACCUACCGGAGUACUGGGAGAACAAGCAUGCGGAUCAGACGCUGGAAGUUCUGAUGAGCGACCUCGAUCCAGCCAUUAUGGACCAGUUCUACAUGAAAGAUGGUGUUUCUGCAAGUGAUGUCACUCGUAUGAGUGGAAUUCGUGACCUGAUACCAGGUUCUGUGAUUGACGCCACAAUGUUCAACCCUUGUGGAUACUCAAUGAAUGGAAUGAAGACUGACGGAACUUACUGGACCAUCCACAUCACCCCGGAGCCAGAGUUCUCCUACGUCAGCUUCGAAACCAACCUCUCCCAGACGUCGUACGAUGAUCUGGUCAGGAAGGUCGUGGAGGUGUUCAAACCAGGAAAAUUUGUGACUACGCUUUUUGUCAAUCAGAGCUCCAAAUGUCGCAGUGUGUUUUCUUCUGCCCAGAAACUCGAGGGCUUCAAGCGUCUCGACCGCCAGUUGGCUCAAUUCAACGAUUACAAUUUUGUCUUUACAAGCUACACCAAGAACCGCCAGCAGAACCAGCAGAGCUGAGGGUUGAGGAUGAAGAAGAGGCGCAAAAAGAAAGGUGUCCCUUCGGGGCUCCUCCCUUGCGGCCGGCUUCAUCCCCCAGUAGAGAGCUU